AGAUCCACCUUGGUAUCCGCUGCCUUCGUCUCGACCGCCCGAACCGAGAGAAGUCAACGAGGGCCUCCUGCGUCGACGCUCGCUGCCGGGGCGUUGCACAUCCAUUAUCAUCUUAUUUUCGCUCUUCCCUUCCCACACUACUAGUGUUGGGUGACGACGUCAUGGUGCGCACAAAGGAAAAGAAGGCAAAAGGUGAUGGCGCCUUCACCAAGCGGAAGCAGAAGGUGGGCCGCAAGAAGCUCGCCCCCGCCACGGCAACGCGGGCCGAGGUGCACGCCCGCACGCUGCGCCUUUCCACCUCCGCUGCCAUGACAGCUGCGAUGGCCGCCCCGCGCGUGGCAGACCCGGCGCAGCAUCCUCCGUCCUCGGCCACCGCCGCUGCAAGGCAGAAGGCGGCACAGGCAGAGACACGCAAGCGGCCCGUCAUUGCGGUGCAGAACUUUGCCGAACUCCUCGCCGGCACCCACCACUACAAAUCGGCGCAGCGGGCGUCUUCCUUUGCGACGCUGACGCGUGUUCUCGCGGCGCAGAAGGUGAAGGAGGACGCGGCGGCUGCGGCACGGGCGGCGAGCACACGCGGAGAGUCGUCUGGUGCCUUUGAGGAGUACAUGCGUUACGCCGCCUCAGAGGAGGCUCCAGCCGGAAAGUCCUCCACGUCUGGCACCUCUGCCGGUUUGUCGCGGCUGACGGCGUUGGAGAAGCUGAAGGCGUUUGCGACGGCGCUGGAGGCCGUCACCGACACCGAUGACGAUGUGCGCCGUGGCGCGUUGCAGUCGCUGGAGGUGCUGGUGGACUUUCAGUGGAUCUCGUCGGAGCGUGAUCGGCAUGCAGGUAUCUCCCGCCUGCCCAGCGUCGCCACCACGCAGGACGCCGCGGAACUCGAGCGCUGCAAUGCGUUGCUCUUGGAUGUGCAGUCUGGCAAAGCUCAUGAGGCAGAGCGCGUACUUGCGGCGUCUUCUUCAUCCUCCACGACUGCAGGAGCCUCCGUGGCAUCCGCAGCAGCAGCGGCACCCUCGACGGUGUCGGUGGACCGCGUGCAGGCGAUUCUGCAGUCCGUGCACGUUGCCCUGACGCACGCCUUGAAGUCGGUGCGUCUUACAGGGGUGGAGUUGCUGGCGUUGCUGCUGCGGGUGGCCCCGCCUGCGCUGGUGCGCGUCGCCGCGCGCGCCGUCUGUCGCCACCAAACCGCCUACUACUACAGCAGUCCGGCGGCGGUGAUGGGGGGGAUGAUGGGCAGCGGCGUGGCCAUGGCAGGGGCGCCGCGCACCUCCAAAAAAGGCGCCGCCGGUGACCCGUCGUCAUCGCCUGCCCCCUCUGCUAUGGAAGCUGCGCAGUCCAGGGCGGCCGCGGCGAUGGAGGAGGAGGAGAAGUGGGUGCUGACGCUGGUGCGCCGCGUUUCUGCGCUGGUGCUGCGCACGAAGCACAUCGGCGUCCUCCCUGCGUUGCUCGGUGUCUUUCUGAGACACAGCGGGGACGCCUCGUCGGCCGGCGAGGAGGCCGUUGUGGCCGAUCUCCUGCGCAGCUGCGUGGAUGAGCGCACCGCGCACGACGGGGGCCGUGGUGCGGAAACGAGAGCCGCUGCCGCUGCGACGGCAACAACAGUGCCGAUGAUGGCCGACAGCGCGCGUCCCGUGUGGCGCCAUCCAGAGCUGGUGAGCCAGUUUUUCGACGAGGUCGCACCGCAGUGGGCGAACCACUGGAAGGAGCUGAUGGAGCUGCGGCUGGAGCUGCUGCGGCAGGAGGACCGGCUUGCGACGGCGUCCGCCUUGGCGCGCUCCUUCGCCACUGUUUUGGUGUUUCUGAAGCGCCAGCAGCGAGCUCAAGGCGGCUACGUGAAGGACAGCAAAGUGAACUUUUUCUCCCGCAAUCGGAUGUCCUACAUCAAAGCGCUCUUCAUUGACAAGAUGCCUGUGACGAUGCAGGAGCUGUUGCAGCCGUUUCAAGGAAGUGCCGCUACCGCCGUUGCUGCCCCGGCCACGUCCGCCGUCAGUCCCCGCAGCAUGAAGGCGCGUUUGGAGCUCGGUCUCGCCCUAGUGAUGGUGUGCGUCCCUCUGGCCGGCACAGAGGAGGGCUGGCACCUGAUGCGCGAUUACUUUUCCAUUGUGCUUUCCCUUCCCCGCCAGCAGCAGCAGCCGGCGGCGGAGGGGGGAGGGGAGGCGGUCGCGAAAGGCAACGGCGGGUCGCCGGCCGUCUCUGCGACCUCGAACGCUGCUCAGUCCUUUCGCUUUCCCUCGGUGGCCCUGUUGGAGAUGUCCGUGCGCUUGUAUGAGCAGGUGCUUCGGCUGUACCCCUGCACGGCAGCUCACGUGCGUCUUGCGGACGAUGGCGACGAUGCCGAAGGGACUGCCUCCGGUAAUGCAACGACAGAGGAAGCGAAGGCGUUGUGGGGAGAGCCCAGCGUGAGCCGAGCGUCGUUGGUUUCGUUCCAGCAACAGCAGCACAGCACCGUGGCCAUCCGCCUUCUUUCGUUGUUCCCUGCACUGUUGAACGCGGUGAUCAAACACGUUGUCCCUCGCACGGAGUGUGCCGGCGCCUCUCUGUCUGCGUCAGCCAGCAGCGAGGACGCAGCGUUGGUGCGCACGCUCCUCUGCACGUCGCACAUUCUGGAGCGUCUUGCGGCGUUUCCUGAUGAUCUGCUGCGGGGGCGAAGCACCCGUCACAACGGUAGCGAUCUCACCGCGGCAUCGACGACGGCAGAUCGAUCUGCGGCGGCGAAAAAGCUGGAAGAGGGCUUUGGCCUCGUGCCCCGCCUUCUGUUCGCCCUACGUGCGCAGACGUCCGUAUCGCGCCCUGCCGCCGUAAAACAUCCACGAGCUGAUGACGAUGAGAAGGGUGAGGGAGAAGGAGAGAACGAGGCCGGUGCAGCAGCGGACCGCUCUGCACCAUCACUGCCGCUGCCCGCGGAGACGCGUGUGGUGGGGGUCCUUCUCGCCUACCCCGGCGUGGUGGACGCUCUCGUGCGUCGCCUCCUACGUGUAUUGUGGUUCCUCUGCAGCAGCGGCCACCCGCUGCUCACCCGCACCGACACCAGCGACAGCAAAGAAGCCACCGACAUCUCAGCACCGCCGCUGGCGCUUCUUUUGAAGAGGUCCGUGCCCUUCUUGUUUGGUAACGCGGCGGCUGGUGUGGCGGGCGUUCUGCAGCGUUGCGCCGUCCCUACAGUGCUACUCGCCCACAGCAUUCUCUAUUACCUGGGCGAGGAGGAACGCCGCGCAGGGGAGGAGGCAACAGCGCUGGCCGACGCGGCUGUUCGCUGGGCCGAUGUCCGUGAAGUGCUACGUGCACUGCGUGUGUGA